GCUUUGUUCUCUAAGGGUCCGUGUGGUGUGAGCUUAGCGCGUAGUUUGUACACGCCCGCCGAAUCACCGAGAUGUACAAGUUGCAGAAGCUCUGGGUCCUUAUGUGUCUGGCCCUUGUUGGCUGCCAGGGCUUUGGCCAGUUCCACAUGAAGCACUACCAGAUGCAGCGCAACUACAACGCCCAGGAGGACUCCGGGGAGAACGACAACAGCGUGCUGCGAACCUUCCGCCGCUGCAUGUGGGAGCAAUCAAAGUUCCUGCCCCGUCGUCUGGUCCUGCUCAGCCUGUGCUCCAAUCUUUUUUGCGAAAACAACCACAUAAUUCCCCGCUCCAGGUCUAUUUUCGUAGUGGAAAAAAUGUCUAGACCGAAUGACUGCCUGGACAUUUUGCCCGACCAGUGUGAGCAGGGCAAUGAGGAGGAGCUCAUGUACAAGCCCUUCCCCGACUGCUGUCCCGUGUACUGCAAUCUGAAGCGGCGAAUGCAGCGUCUUCGCACCAUGCACCUUCGCCACCGCGUGCUACGCAACAUGCAGGAAGGAUCCAUUAGCGGAGGCGGCUCGGGAGGCGACGGCCCCGUCAACUCCCUCCUCAGCGAGUUUGUCUACAACAACUAUUAGAUCAUCGAGUUACUCUGCGAUUUAUGAAACUGUAUACUUAGAUCUUUGAAUUAUAGGCAUUUUGUCUUAAAGGCCC